UGGCUGUUUCUAUCCGUCUCGGACACGUUUCGACCGAGUUCUCAGUGACUCGAUCGAGUUCUCGGCGAUUCAUUAUCUCAGAGUCAUCUCAUCCCGGUAUCGGAACAGAAAACUCUGUUCUGGUGACGACUCGAUCGAGUCUUUGAACCAUGGAUGUGAUUGAUUGGAUUGGGAUAUCGUAACAAUUUAAUGUUUUAAUGUGGUUGAUCCUCAAAAUGCCAGCAAAAAUAGGCGAAGCAAUUCUGUUGUCUUCCUUUACCUGCAUCACUGGUACAGAAUCAGGAGUAUUAUUACAUUGACUAAUCAUGGAGGAAUUCACAUUACUCAGAAGUUGAAAAACCAUUUCGCUAGAUCAUGGUUGUGUUUCACUUUUGUUUUCUUGCUUAGGAGGUCGGCCCCUCUUCCAUGUCUUGUUUUUGUAGGCUAAAUUGAAAGCUAUAAAAUGAGCAAUACAAAAUUAGUAACUUUUAGGCAAGUUGCUAAGAGUGAGCACUAAAAUUUGAACCCAAUAUUGGCCUACCAUGCAUAGAUAAUGGCCAUUCAAAACUAAUUUAAGCAAUAAAACCUCAUGUUUCAUUUACCAGAAGAAAGCUUGGAUGAACACAUAAAUUAUUAAGAUAUUGGGUGGAAACAUGGUGGACCUGCAGUAAUCUUUGCACUUGCUCAAAAUUGUUCAAUGAGUAAAGAUCUAAUCAUGUAAACUUGCUCGAAAGAAGUCGGUGGCGUUGAAAAGACUCGUAUUUACUGGUUUAUCCUUCCAAUCUGCAUCUUUGAAGUGGCCAUUUGAGGUCAAAUUAAGUCCUUGAAUGUUUAAGGUGGAUUUUGAGGUGAGUGACUGCCAGUGCUUUGCUCAACUUUAAUUUGUACAGCGUUCCCUCCCUCUUUUACCAGUACCUUUUGCUUUUGAUCAUGAUCGCGUUUGUCCACCACCAACAACCGCUGACCAAGUUAAAUAACAGACUUCCUCAGACCCCCUCUUCCCCACUAGAUUUCCCCGUCCCUGCAUCAGAGACUUUCAGAAGCUUUCACAGAGAGAAUGAGGGAGAGAGGAGAAAUUUCUCAUGUCAUGGCAAGAAAUAUGCACGAAUCUUGUUUCUUUCGUUAGCUCUAGCUUCUCUGUUACAGAAGCAAGAUAAUAGACAUGAAGAAAUGUCUGCGCACGGGAACCAAACUGCAUUCUCCACUCCAGUCUACUACAGCAAUACUGACUUAAAGUAAGACAAUGUACAAACUUCAGAUAACUCACACUUUCUGAAAAUUUUGGGCUGGGAAUAGUAG